UAUAAACCAUUUUAAUACUAUUCAUAUUUAUAAAUUAUUUAAUAUUAUUUCAUUACAAUUUAUAAAUUAUUUCAAUACUAUAUUUGAUCUGCCUUGGAAACAGAAAAAUUCAAACAAUUCAUUUUGGCUAGAUUUUGCUUUCAAUAUGAAUCCUGGGUUCUUCUCUUAAGCAGUUCUAGAUAAAAGAAUAAGAAACGGGAAAAAUCUAGAUUGUUAGUGCUAGUUGAACUUGUCGAUCUCUAGUAUUACUUGACCAUGGGCUUAUGCUUUGUUAGUUUAUUAACUAUAGAGUAAUCGAAACUGCAACAUCUUUGCAUUCAUAUCUUCCUAGAAUUUUUUUGAGCUUAGUCUUUACCAUCCAGCUCUUUAAUCGCAGCUUGUCAAUGAAUUUUCUAUCAUGUUAGUGCGCUUGAUGUAUUCUCCACAUAAAUUUAAUUUUUAGUUGUUUUAUGGUAAGGUGCCAUUAGCUGUGGAAUUUCAUUAACAUAUUGAGCCCUUGGAGCUGUAGAGUUUUUUGGCUUACCAAGCCAAAAAAAUGGCCUUGGCUACUUCUAUGAAUGUGGUUCUAGGCUCCCUCGCUUUCGCAAUCUUUUGGGUUUUGGCAGUUUUCCCCUCAGUUCCUUUUCUACCAAUUGGGAGGAUUGCAGGGUCCCUCCUGGGGGCCAUGUUGAUGGUUAUAUUCCGAAUCAUAACUCCAGAUCAAGCAUAUAAUGCAAUUGAUCUCUCAGUACUUGGUCACCUCUUUGGGACAAUGCUUGUCAAUGUCUAUCUCGAAAGGGCUGAUAUGUUCAAGUACUUGGGAAAGUUUCUCUCAUGGAAGAGUAAAGGAGCAAAGGACUUAAUUUUCCGAAUCUGCCUGAUUUCUGCCAUUUCAAGUGCGCUUUUCACAAAUGAUACCGCCUGCAUAGUUUUGAUAGAGGUUGUUUUGAAAAUUGCGAGGCAACAUAGUCUCCCACCUCAUCCUUUCCUUCUUGCUCUGGCAUCUAGUGCGAAUAUUGGGUCUUCAGCAACUCCAAUUGGCAACCCCCAAAACUUGGUCAUAGCUGUUCAGAGUAAGAUAUCUUUCAGGAAUUUUCUAAUGGGCAUUCUCCCUGCAAUGCUAUUGGGAGUUGUUGCCAACAGUGUAAUUCUUAUAUGCAUGUACUGGAGGUUGCUAUCUAUUCCAAAAGAUGAAGAGGAUGCGGCUAUAAAACAUCAUAAAGAGGAUGACCUGAAUUCUCAUCCCUUUUCACCAGCCACUAUGUUACGUUGUACAUCCUCAAGUUCUCAGGAAUGUAAUUCUACAAUGGAAGCUAUAAAUGAGCAAAGCCCUCCUAACAUAAACGAGAACAUGGACACUACUUCACACAAUGCUGCAUUAGAGGAGAGACUAACAUACGCAUUUUCUGGAGAGUCUUCAGAAGGAAAUGAAGAUUUGCCCUUGGGAUCGAAAAGGAUGUUGUGGAAGUCAUGUGUUUACCUCGUCACAAUAGGGAUGUUAAUUGCUUUCCUUAUGGGUCUGAAUAUGUUAUGGACUGCAAUUACUGCUGCACUUGCUCUCGUGGUUCUUGAUUUCAAGGAUGCUAGGUUAUGCCUUGAAAAGGUCUCCUAUUUGCUUUUAAUUUUCUUCUGCGGAAUGUUUAUCACAAUUCAUGGCUUCGACAAAACUGGCAUCCCAGGUACUCUAUGGGAAUUAAUGGAGCCCUAUGCCCAAAUCGAUCGGGUUAGUGGGAUAGCAGUCCUGGCCAUUAUUAUACUCAUCUUGUCAAAUUUGGCUUCAAACGUACCAACUGUUCUCUUACUUGGAGCAAAAGUUACAGCAUCUGCAGCUAAUGAGAAAAAGGCAUGGCUUAUUUUAGCUUGGGUUAGCACGACAGCUGGGAACCUCUCAUUAUUAGGAUCAACUGCCAACAUAAUAGUGUGUGAACAGGCUAGCCAAGCUCCACACCUUGGGUACAAUUUAUCCUUUUGGAGCCAUCUCAAAUUUGGAGUACCCUCGACUCUUAUAGUCACCGCUAUUGGUUUGACACUCAUAAGAUGAUUUUGAUACUCACAAGAAUUAGGAUAUUUUGUGUGGUUAAUAAAGUAUAAAUGCAGAUUGUCUCAGACUUGAGCUAUUCAAAGCAUUUUUAUUUUUUUUUGGGUCUCCUUUAAUAAUAUUUUCCUAAACAAUACAAGUUGUAUCACCAUCUUCCCCAGUGCUAAGAGUAGCUUUGUAGUAGUCCUCAUCAUUAUAUUGUAUGUCUCUAUUUUGUUACACUUAGAUAUGGGUGAUCACUAACCCAAAACAAAAUAAAUGGAGUUGUUGGUA